CUUAUUCCUGUGAAGGGUGAUAAUACUUGAUCCUCAUACAUAAAUUAAGGUAGAACUGUAACUUGAACCUUGGUGCUUUGGUUCCCACACACACACGUUAUCUUUUUGGGUGGCCCAAACACUUUGAGGAGGACCGUUGAUUUGUUUUCUGAUUCCUUGCAGGAUGUACUGCGUGGUAUACUAUCGCGAUUGACAAUGAAAGAAGCCGUGCGGAUGAGCAUACUAUCCAAGAAGUGGAGCACGCUUUGGAAAUGCUACCCAAAGCUAGUAUUCACUAGAGCCACGAUGCGCGGCAGUAACGCCGCCACGACAGGCCCUGCAAAACCCUUGCGGACAAGGUUCAUCAGGGGGGUCAACAGCAUCCAGCGACAGCUCAAGUCAUCUAACCUGAAUAAGUUUGUGGUCAAGUUUGCGCUUCGCAAAAGGCACACACCUCACAUCGAUAGAUGGAUCAAUUUCUGUGCCGCCUCGAGGGCGAAACAUGUUGUUCUUGAUUUAUGUCCAGGGCCGAAGGGCAGCAGCGACAAAGAUGACAAGUACAGUUUCCCGCUGCAUCUUCUCAGCGCCUCGGGUGGUUCUUGCGUGAAGUCUCUUAGUCUAGGGUUCGUGUAUUUAACACUGCCUCCUGAUCACUGUGGAUUUGCAAACCUUAAGAAGCUCUCUCUGCAAAUGGUUCAUGUCACAGGGGAUCUCCGGUGCCUACUCCCAAAUUGCGCUGUUCUUGAGUGGCUAAGCCUCAGCAAGUGUAGAAUGGAUGAGCUAAGCAUAGGCCAGGAACUGAGCAGGCUCCAUUAUUUGCAGGUGAAGUACUGUAUACUGCAGAAGUUGGAUAUCCGAGCUCCAAACCUUACCAUGUUUUUGUUCGCUGGUCGUAUGAUACCUAUAUUGUUGGGUGAUGCUGUGAAGAUUUCGGAGGCAACAGUCGAGUUGAUCACAUCCUCGGACUGCUUCAGUUAUGUCUUCACUGAUCUUGUCGAUGCUCUUUCGCAUGUUUCGUCCCUCUCCAUAAGCUUCCGAAUUGAAACCAAGGUGAUAAAGUUUGUGAAAAAUCAGACCAGACUCACCAAUCUGAGACGUCUGGUCCUGAAAAUCGAUAUUGUUGGGUCACCAGAAGUUACUGGUGGGAUUCUUCGUUUGGCCUAUCUUUUGGAGUUAGCCCCGGCUUUGGAAGAGUUAGUACUCCAUAUGUGUUGUUUUGACUCGGCAAUUGACGGUGAACCAAAUGAAGAUGCCUACCGGCCACAUCCUCACCAUCACCUCAAGACUAUCAAAAUGACAGGGUUCUAUGGUUUACUUGGUCAGGUUGAGCUAGCACUCUACCUCCUUCGGAGUGCAACUUCUCUUGAGCGUAUGAUCAUAGAUCCGGUGGUGAGGAAUAACUGGUUUACUCCAUCCAUGGGUGGAGCUAAGCCUAACAUAGACCGGGGCACGUCGAUUGCCCUCAAUAAACUUUCGAGGCAAGAGUUCAGGAAAGUCCUUGACAUUCUCUAUUAAGGGGAUAUUAAACUAUGUUGUAGGUAUAUUUUAUAUUACUUUUUUAAGGUAUGAGAGAUGGCAAUAGAAAAAGGGGCUCAGGAAAGGUCGUCCUUACCCUCUGUCCAGAGAAAGAGGAAAUUGAAUCACAUGUAUCUUUAUUUAUGUUGUGUUUAUUAGACUAUCUGGUACAUAUUAUAAGCACAAUAUGUUGGUAGAC